GGAUGGAUCUCAGGGAAAGGUUCUUCCCCCAGAGGGUGGUGGGCACUGCCCAGGCUCCCCAGGGCAGUGGGCACGGCCCCAAGGCUGCCAGAGCUCCAGGAGCGUUUGGACAACGCUCUGAGGGACAGGGGGGAUUGUUGGGGUGUCCUGGGCAGGGCCAGGAGUUGGGCUGGAUGAUCCCUGUGGGUCCCUCCCAGCUCAGGAUGUUCUGGGAUUCUGUGAUAGUCCAGAUUUUCCCUAAUCUGAGGUGGUGAAACGUUUCCCAAAGGAGUCACAGUGAAAGGACUCCCGUUGUUCUCUGCCUGGACAAACAGCCCCGCUUGCCUUCGUGUCUUGAGUUAGGAGGGAAAUGGUGUCCCUUGAACUCACACUGGGCAUUUUGUCUGAGAGAUCCUGGUGAAGAAAAGCUCCAACUGUCUCCAGUGGACUCCUGAGUCAUGUGCAUUGGACUGUAGACUUUGGAGUUAUUCACUGACCACAGAUGAACACACUGGAAAAAGGAAGUUCACACUGUGGUUUCCUCAGCGGGUGUGGCAUUUUCCUCCCUCCACAAGCAGUGGGUUAGAGAUGAAAAAAAUCUCAGCAGCGGAUUGCAGGGUGUUGGAUUUUGUCUAUUCCCAGUUAAACUGAAAAUGUUCUGGAGAAUAGAGAGCUGAUUUAUAUAUUGAGAGACACUAUUUCAAGGGUGUGUAGUGACAGGACAAGGGGAAUGGCUUCAAACUGAGAGUAGAUUUAGGUUAGAUAUUAGGAAGAAAUUCUUCCCGGUGAGGCCUUGGCAUGGGAGAAGCUGUGGCUGCCCCUGGAUCCCUGGAAGUGUCCAAGGCCAGGUUGGACAGGGCUUGGAGCAACCUGGGCUAGUGGAAGGUGUCCCUGCCCAUGGCAGGGGAUGGAACUGGAUGAGCUUUAAGGUCCCUUCCAUCCUAAACCAUUCCAUGAUUUUAGGUGUUGUCAUCUUGCCCGAGUCCACAUGUGGUUGGAUAAUACUGAUUAUCCAGUAUAAAACUUGGCUGUAUGUGCUUGUCCUUGCAGAAGGAAAUAUCCUUAGUGCUGCUUUGUGGGUCCAGACCACGUCUUUCUGUAGGGAAAUUACUUGUCCCAGGAACUGGGACUGCGUCCUGGAGGUGGUAGGUGGGGACACAACGUGUUCCACCCGUGAGGAGGAAGGGGUGGAAUGGGAGCUCAGCACAGAGCUCCCCGUGUCUGUCGUACUGUGGGGUCAGCUCUGCCAAAACCAGCAGCACAGCUGGUGCUGGGGAAGCUUCCCAGGCUUUGCUCCUGCCGGACUUGCAGUGGAGGCAACAGGAGGAGGAACGAAUCUGUGUUUUAGGAAGGGCUGUGCAGAAGGGUUAUAACACUGUGAGGGGUGUUGGCUUUGGUGCCAGCUGAGUACUUUUUUGUUUUGCCUGGCUAAACAGGGAUUAUCUGUUUGUUCCAGGAGCGGGGAAGGACCACGGAGAGCCAGGAGCCCACAAAUCAUCUCAACACCUAAAUGAAGUUCUAAGUCUGAUUUGUUGCUCUGUCUGAAGCCUCACCAGGGAGCACUCCCAGUAGAGAUGGCAGAAAAGGUGAACAACUUCCCCCCCCUGCCCAAGUUCAUCCCCCUGAAGCCCUGUUUCUACCAGAACUUCGCCGAUGAAAUCCCCAUCGACCACCAGUUCCUGGUGAAGAGGAUCUACCACGUCUGGAUCUCUCUGUCCUCUGCCCUCUCCCCAGUUUACUGCAUCACCCUGGCUGUGAACAUCGUGGCCUGCCUGGCCUGGUGGAUCGGGGGAGGCUACGGGGUCAACUUUGGCCUGGCCAUCCUGUGGCUCCUCCUCUUCAGCCCCUGCGGCUACGUCUGCUGGUUCCGACCUGCCUACAAAGCCUUCCGGUCAGACAGCUCCUUUAACUUCAUGGCCUUUUUCUUCAUCUUCGGGGCGCAGUUCGUCCUCACGGUCCUGCAGGCCAUCGGCUUCUCCGGAUGGGGGGCGUGCGGGUGGUUGGCAGCCAUCACCUUCUUCAGCACCAACGUGGCCGCCGCCGUGUUCAUGCUGUUCCCUGCCAUCAUGUUCACCAUGUCAGCCGUGGCCAUGCUCGUCUGCAUCUUGAGGGUACAUAAAAUCUACCGAGGGGGUGGUGGAAGCUUCCAGAAGGCUCAGGACGAGUGGAACAGCGGCGCCUGGAGGAACCCCCCCAGCAGGGAGGCCCAGUACAGCAAUUUUUCUGGGAACAGCCUGCCAGAGUACCCCACAGUGCCCAACUACCCCCCAGGAAACCAAUGGCCUUAAGCAGCAGCAGCUGCAAACUGCCUGGAUUCUCUCCUUUUUGGUCUUUUUAUUCUUGUUAUUGGAAAAGAUCAUUUGCAUUCCCCCCUGCCCCCCCUCCAGGCACCCCAGUCACCUUUUUGGGACCUUUCUGGUUCUUGUCUCCUGGUCCCCGUGGAAGAUCCUGCCAGCCCUUCCCACCUCCACUGCACGGCCGUGGCACAAAGCUUUUUGUUUUGCCUUGACCUACCAGUAUUUGCCUCGUUGCAGACUGAGGAACAAACCCUUCAACACCUGCCCUUCCUCGAGGGAAUCCUCUCCUGACCAUCCCCGAAAAAGACUCGACUUCCCCCGACAGCAACACUAACCACAGCUGCUCCUGCUCCUGCUCAGCUUCCCUGGAAUGCACAGCAAACCCCCCAGCAAUCCCAGCUUUAGUAGCGACUGGUGUUUACUCUCCUGGAUGAAUAAUGUGGAAUUUUUCACUCUAAGGGAAAUGCAACACUUAAAUUAUGUGGUACCAGUGACACGGAAGGGAUCUGUGAACCCCCUGGGAUUGGGAGCUGCUGGGAUGUGAAGGCCACAGGAGUCCUCCUUUGCCUGGCUCAGACUGUCCUCGGUGCCCCAAGUCCUGCCUUCCCUGCUGCCAAAGCUUUGUGCCGGAUCCUUGUGCUUCACAUUCAUCUCAUGAGGUUGGUGGUUGCUCACUGGAAACCCCGAGUGGAAGCCCAGCCCAGGGUGUGCACCCCGGGGCAGGGCUCAGCACCAGAGUCCCCACCGUGUACCCUCCAGCCAGGCCUUGUGCUGAGCCAAGGAAUGCCCCACCAGACACAGCCUGUCCUGCUGGGGCUCUCCCUUUUCCUGGGCUCCCUUUUCCUGGGCUCCCAGCCAGAGCUGGAUGGGAAGAUGACGCCUGCUCUCGGUGCUGGGCCCCCAGGGUGUGGUUUGGAAAUGGUUCUGUUGCAAUGAAUGGUUCAGAAAUUCUGCUGAUGGGCUUGGACUCCAAACGCUGCCGUGGGCUCUGGGAGGACAGUGGGAGCUGGGCAGUCCUGCUCUGCAGCACUCCCAGGAGAGGGACACUGCUGCCUUUCUCCAGGAUCAGCUGGAGGGAGGAUGAAGCUGCUGAGAGGGGUUGUUUCCUCCCUGGCCUCCACCUCUCCGUUCAUCUCCACCCCGUGCCUGCACACCAGGGCUCCUGGAGCCUGAGCCAUCCAAUUCCCUGUGUCCCUGUGGGUUUCCUCUUCCCCCUCAAAACCUGCUGUGAUUUUUUUUUUUUUUUUCAAAACUGGGAGGUCAGUCCCCAAUAUUUUUAUAGGGAGUGAGUGUCCCAAGCCUGUGGCUCUCAGAUUUUUGGCCAGUGAUCCGGAGUGCUCCAUGUGGGGGAUCUGGGAGGGGUUGGGCACCCCAGGGCUCUCAGUGGGGUCACCCCAGAGCCACCCUGAGCAACUGGAAAACAGAACUGGCUCCUGGAAAAGGGACAGGGAGGUGGUCCUGGCUAGGUGGAACAGAUUUGCAAGUGAUCUUUUGAAUAUUUUCUCUACAUGUGCCUUAUCUAACGGAAUCAUAGUUCAUGGAGGAGAAUCCCCCUCCCCUCCCCCAUCCCUGCGGAAUUCGCUAUUAACUCGUCCUGUGUCACUGUCAAUAAUGAGGGAAGCACAGCCUGGAGUCUGCAUGACCCACCUUUCCAGGGCCAACCCCCAAAAGUGGAGGGCAGAGCCUCCCUGAAUUUCAGUUUACAAGCAGCACUGACCCCCCCUCCCCCUGCUGCAGGACCAGGCUCUGGGACACGGAACGUGCUCCCGACUCCAGGGGUUCCUCCUGGCCAGCGUGGCAGCACGAGUGCUCAGAGCCUCCUUCCCAAACACAUUGUGAAGCUUUUUAGGUGCCUUUGUCUCGUGUCAAGUGAUAUUUGAAGUGUUCUCUGUCGCUUGCCAUCGGAGCGAUCCAAGAACUGCCUGGCGUUGACUCCCUGGAAAUACGAUGGGUGAGGGGCACUGAUGGGGUGGAAGGUGGCACUGGCCACCCUUGGGUGCACCAUGCCCUGGCCCCUCUGCCUCCUGCCAAAAUUCUUCAAAACCCACUUGGUUUCCGCCCUUUCCGAGCGCGCCAGGUGGGAGGUUUCGAAGGAGAAGCGUGGUGGGGACUCUUCCUUGGGUCAUCUAGGGGGGCUGUGGUUAAGCUCCCACCCCCAGCCACGCUGCCAGUGCUUGGUACAAGGGGAGAGGGGGUUCUUGGGAGCCUUCCCACCGGAAUGGCUGGAGCUGGACAUCAAAAUCACACCCUGUCAGCUCCGUGGACCUCCAGGAUCUGCCACCUCACCCCCCUCCCUCCCCCUCGAUGCCACAAACGUAAUUCCAGAAAGUCAACCCCCCCUUCCCCCCCCACACGCUGCCUGAACAACUUAUUUUGUGGCUUUUUUUUUUUUUUUUGGACUCCUCUGUAUGUUUUUAAAUGUUUACAUUAGAUUUGUAAGAGUUCUUAACACCCCCAGCCUGGGCCUGGCUCCGGCCGUGUCUGUGUGCGAUGUCUCGUGUCACCCGUGGAGCUCUGGAGCUCUGUUUGUGUUUUCUUCUCCUGAUCACAAGACAAUAAAUGCUCAUCCUGUGCUUGAUGAGAAGAACUGGCUGCAUCGGGGAGGUGUCUGUUCCUAGGUAACCAGAGUUCCCUGGCGCAGGGAAAUGGCAAAAUCUCUUCUUUUCCUCCCCAACUCUCUCACCGCGUGGUGUUGUUUUCUCGGGGAGGGAGCACGCUGAUGGAGGGAGGCUCAUCCUCUGUGCUGGGCGCUGGUGGGAGUGGUUUGUGCUCUCAGAGAAAAGGCCCCACAGCUUUUACCAAAGCUGCUGCCAUUAUUCUCGUUUUCUGAGGACAGGGAGCAGAGGGGGGUGGUGGGGAGAAAGUCCCAUCUCCCGAGCUCUGGGGUCGAGUUCCUCCUGCCCUCUCCCCAGUCCUGGCCUCUGCCUUCCCCAGUUCACUGCCCCAGGGGACACUCUCCCCCCUGCAGUAAAUGGGCUGUUGGACAGUGAAGGUGAAUUGAGUCUGCUCAGCACGUGGCUGAAUUUACUGCCCCAGAUUAGAACCCCAGAAUGGUUUGGGUUGGGAGGGACCUUAAAGCCCACCCAGUGCCACCCCCUGCCAUGGGCAGGGACACCUUCCACUAGCCCAUGUUGCUCCUUUGAUCCAACCUGGCCUUGGACACUUCCAGGGAUGGGGCAGCCACAGCUCCUCUGGGAAUUCCAUCCCAGCCUCUCCCCACCCUCACAGCCAAGAAUUCCUUCCCAAUAUCCCAUCUCACCCCUCCCUCUGGCACUGGGAAGCCAUUCCCUGUGUCCUGUCCCUCCAUCCCUUGUCCCCAGUCCCUCUCCAGCUCUCCUGGAGCCCCUUUAGGCCCUGCAAGGGGCUCUCAGGUCUCCCUGGAGCCUUCUCUUCUCCAGGUGAACCCCCCCAGCUCUCCCAGCCUGGCUCCAGAGCAGAGGGGCUCCAGCCCUGGGAGCAUCUCCGUGGCCUCCUCUGGGCUCAUUCCAACAUCUUUCUUGUGUUGGGGGCCCCAGAGCUGGACACAGACCUGUACAGGAGUUACCACAUUGUGGCUUCACCCCCAGUUCUGCUCCGUGGCAGAUCCUGAAUCCUCGAGCUGUUUCCAUCACGGCUGCUGAUGCAGCAUCUGCCAAUCUCAGCAUCUCCCUUCUCUCCGAAGAUCUGUGCCAGGUGCCCUCUGCCCACCCCUCCCUCCCACUCUGACAGUGGUUCCCUUCAGCUGCUGUGCCCUGCUGUCCUGAGCACGGGAACAAAAUGGAUUUUCCUUAAAUUCCUGCUCCAGGCCCUCGAAAUCUGAGCAUGAGGCACAUUUUGAGCUGCUGCUCCAGCUGCUGCUCAGGCAGCACCUCGGCCCUUGUGAUCCACAAAUCCUCGGACUGCCCACACUCAGGACAGGGCAGGAUUUGCCAGGAAGGUGGGAAUGGGGAGAUUAUUUAGCCAAGCUCAACCUCCCCCCACCCCGAGGAGCUCCCAGAAGGCUCAGGAUCCCCAGGGUCAGGGUGUGAGGGACCUGCCAGGCUGUUCCUUUUGUCUGCUUCUCGCUGUGUUUCUGUCCCUCUGCAGCUUCCCAGCCCCGGGAAGGUGUGGGAAGGUGUCACCCCCUGCCCCUGGAGCAGCUCGUUCUCCCGUGCAGUUCCAGUGGCUCCUUUUGUGUUGUGUGCUUGGGAAUGAGCCCCGGUUGUGCCGUGGCUGCAGGAGGGGCAGGGUUUGGAUCGGGAUGUUUUCCCAACACAGCUUCCCUGGCUUUUCCUCCCUCCCCGCUCCCACGGCACGAGCUGCUGUGUCCCCCUUUGGCACCCCGUGUGUUCACCCUGCAGGUUCGCCCUGAAAUAAAACCAGAUCUUUCUC